UACUUUUUUCUAGUACACCAUAUGAUACCUAUACUCUUGCACUCAUUGUCUUGAUAUAUGUAAAUUUUCUCCUUGAAGUUGUAUAUGAUGGGAGAAGAGGGAAGCAAUCGAGGAAGAGGUAAGAAUAAGCGUUUUUGGACCUUUGAGGAAGAUACGGUGCUCAUAAAAUAUUUACAUGAGUUAUCUAUCGAUCCUAAAUGGAAAAGUGAAAGUGGCUUCAAGAGUGGUUACAUGAAUAAGUUGGAAGAAAUGAUAAAAUAUGUGCUACCUAAUUGUGGCUUGAAAGCUGAUCCACACAUUGAGUCAAGGAUUAAGCAUUGGACAGAGAAAUAUAGUGCAAUGGCAGAGAUGUUAUCUACUUCUGGAUUUGGAUGGGAUUCGGACAAAAAAAUGUUGCAAGUAGAGAAAACUGUAUUUGAUGAAUGGGCUAAGGCUCACAAGAAAGCAAAGGGGUUGUAUGGAGUACCCUUUCCUCAUUAUGAGACACUUGCUGAAAUCUAUGCAAAAGAUAAAGCAACCGGAGAAGUUAGUGAAUCAUUUGUUGGAGCUAUUGAUAACUUGAAUGUUGAGAUUGCAAAUCAGUCUAUGACAAUACAGAGUGACGAAGACGGUUAUAUAGAUUCUCCCACUCAUUCUACCCAUUCCACUCAACCAACAACUCAAUCCCAUAAGCGGCCAAUGAAGAAAGAGGAUGAUAAUACUCCUUCCAAAAAAGCAAAGAUGAAAGAAAUGAAGGGAAAAGGAAAGACACAUCAAAGCAAAGAUGCUAAUGAAUUAGUAGCUUCUCUUCAUAAUACAUCUAAUACUUUUGGGAAAAUUUUCGAGGACAUAAAUGCAAAUCUUGGAACUAUAGCAAAUUCAUGGUCCAAAGCCGAAGAAAGGGAGCAAAAAAUGGAUGAUGAAGUGAAUAAGGUGUUAGAAGAAGUUAUGAAAUUGGAUGGUGUUUCUCCUUCGGAAUCUUUAGAGGUGGCAACAAUUCUCAUGGCUGAAAAACAUAAGCUUCGAAUCUUUUUUUCAAGCUCCAACUAACUUGAAGAAACAAUAUGUUUUAGAUCUCCUUAAGAAAAAGUAGGUGGGAGUAUUGCUAAUCAUCUACAAUGUAUGGCCUCUGAAACUUUAAUUAAGGCUUAUUUUG